AGAGGAGUCUGGAGCAGCUGAACAGACGUCUGUAAGUUGUAGAAAUCGUCUCCUGAGCGCCGAGAGACUUCGUGAUCCAUGGCUUGUCAACGUCACCUCGUACUCCUGUUAGUGGUCCUGUUAGCAGUCAGCACGCAGCUCUCAAAUGCCCAGCACUGGUCCCACGGAUGGUACCCGGGAGGCAAAAGGGAGCUGAGCGUGCCCUCAUCCCCAGAGGUCUCAGAAGAAAUCAAGCUAUGUGAAGGGGAAGAGUGCGCCUACCUGAGAAACCCAAGGAAAAGCAUGUUAAAGAACAUCCUGGCUGAACUUUUGUCGAGGCAGCUCCAGAAGAAAUGAUAGGAUUUGUUCUCCCCGGGCAACCCACGGGACUUUUACGUUUGCAAGCCAUGAUCAAGAAGAAAGAACAUGUCCGUCUAUUUUGGGGUCUUUUGUCAUCAUUCCAUAUCGAUGAUGUCAUAAUGGAGACCGAAGUACAAUCUGCGUUUUGGACAUUAUUCGAUAUAUACACAAAAUCAUAUCCUAUGUCGUCUGUUAAAAUACAUGCUUACGGAAUGUUGUGUAUUAUAUUCUGCCCGACGGAAUCCCGUAUUUUUAGUUAAACUACCAUUUCUCGAGUUUAUUUAGAUACCGAUAUCAAUGUUUGUUAAAAUCUGUCGCUCUGGACCUUCUACAAAAAAAAAACAUUAAAUGUCACAUUUUUUACACAUUAAAAA